CUCACUUCCUCUUAGUAAGUGAGGAAGUUUCAGGCAGUUAAUUCGACGCCUCAUUCGUUGUUUCACUGAGCUGUCAACAUUUAAUUGUGAGGUGACUACAUUCGAUAUAAAAUAUAUAUAGCCAGCUAGCUAGCUAUACUUCUCUGCAACAACGUUUUUCUUUUUGAAAACAGCUGCUCUCGUCUUACUAUGACUCUCAGGUGAUCGUCAAAGAGUCCAGGUGGUUCUGCUGUGCUCUGUGGGCUUGGUGACUUAUCUGCAGAAUGGAGAAGGAAGAACUGAAGAUCGUGAAUAAGGAUGAGGAGGAUGAGAUGGAGCUCCAGGGGUACCGUGUGUGUCGGUGGCGUGUGGCAGUGGUGAGCCUGGGGGUGCUGUGUACAGGGGGUUUCCUCCUGCUGCUGCUCUACUGGAUGCCAGAGUGGUGUGUGAAGGCCACCUGCACCCGGACCACCGUCAGAGAGGCCGAAGUGGUGCUGCUCCAAUCAACCGAUGACUUUAAGCGCUGGUUCCUGGCCAAGGUGCGUGUGAUGCUGGCCCCUGGAAAGAACCCCUUUGACAGCCUGGAGACUCAGACCACUCCCCCCAUGGCUAAUGGACACUCCCCCCACCCCUCGGACGGCUUCACCCAGGAGUUAAUCAGGAAGUACGCAGAGUACCAACCCACUCAGAUUCGCUAUUUUACACUCCAUAGCACCAAGUACUACUGGAACGACGAGGUCCAAAAUUUUGAAGUAUUAACGGGCCUGGAGGACCGAGAGGUGACCUGUUCCACCGUCCACUCAGAGCACAGCACGGGGCUCACCAGCAACCAGCAGGAGUACAGGAGACUGUUUUUCGGAGUGAAUGAAAUUGCAGUGAAAGUGCCUUCCGUUUUCAAGCUGCUAAUCAAAGAGGUUCUCAACCCUUUCUACAUCUUCCAGCUCUUCAGUGUGAUCCUGUGGAGUGCUGAUGAGUACUACUACUAUGCCGCAGCCAUCGUCUUUAUGUCGGUCAUUUCCAUAGCUACCUCGCUGUACACCAUCAAAAAGCAAUACGUCACGCUUCAUGACAUGGUGUCAGCACACAGUAUUGUCCGAGUUUCAGUCUGCAGAGCCAGCAACGACAUCGAGGAGGCCCUGUCCACUGACCUGGUGCCUGGCGACGUCAUGGUCAUCCCUAGCAACGGGACCAUUAUGCCCUGCGACGCGGUGCUGGUCAGCGGCACCUGCAUCGUCAACGAGAGCAUGCUGACAGGCGAGAGUGUGCCAGUCACCAAGACCAACCUCCCCAACCCGGGCGAAGGGGACAAGGAGGGUGACGCAGCUUACAGCAUGGAGGAGCACAAGAGACACACCCUCUUCUGUGGCACGCACGUCAUACAGACCCGCUUCUACUCAGGGGAGCUGGUCAAGGCAGUGGUGGUCCGCACAGGUUUCAGCACGGCUAAGGGCCAGCUGGUGCGCUCCAUCCUGUACCCCAAGCCCACCGACUUCAAGCUGUACCGCGACGCCUACCUCUUCCUGCUGUGCCUGGUGGCUAUAGCUGGCAUCGGCUUUGUCUACUCCAUCGUCCUCAGCAUCAUGAACAAUGUGCCAGCCAAGACCAUCAUCAUUGAGUCUCUGGACAUCAUCACCAUCACCGUGCCCCCCGCGCUGCCCGCUGCCAUGACGGCGGGCAUCGUUUACGCCCAGCGCCGCCUCAAACGCAUCGGCAUCUUCUGCAUCAGCCCCCAGAGGAUCAACAUCUGUGGCCAGCUCAACCUGGUCUGCUUCGACAAGACAGGUACACUCACAGAGGAUGGAUUAGACCUGUGGGGAGUCCAGAGAGUGGAGAAGGGGACUUUCCACCUGUCAGAGGAGAAUGCCUAUAAGGACACUCUGGUUAAGUCCCAGUUUGUAGCCUGCAUGGCCACCUGCCACUCUCUUACCAAUAUCGAUGGAAAGCUGUCCGGAGACCCUCUGGAUCUGAAGAUGUUCGAGGCCACAGGCUGGAUCCUGGAGGAGGCCACUGAGGAGGAGACCUCCCUCCACAACCGUAUCAUGCCCACCGUGGUGCGGCCCCCCAAGCAACUGAUGCCCCCCGAGCCUGUCGUGUCACCUGAACAGGACAUGGAGCUGUAUGAGUUGUCGUCGGCCUAUGAGAUUGGUAUCGUGCGUCAGUUCCCCUUCUCCUCGGCGCUGCAGAGGAUGUGUGUGGUGGCCCGUCUGCUGGGGGAGAAGCGCAUGGACGCCUACCUCAAGGGGGCGCCAGAGGUCGUGGCCAGCCUCUGCAAGAAAGACACUGUUCCAGAAGACUUUGCAGAGGUUCUGGAGGACUACACCAAGCAGGGCUUCCGGGUCAUCGCCUUGGCCCACCGCCGCCUCGAGUCCAAACUCACCUGGCACAAAGUACAGAACGUCAACAGGGAUCAGAUGGAGGCCAACAUGGAGUUCCUGGGGCUGAUCAUCAUGCAGAACAAGCUGAAGGCUGAGACCUCUGGGGUACUGCAGGACCUCCACAGGGCACACAUCCGCACCGUCAUGGUCACUGGUGACAACAUGUUAACGGCCAUCUCGGUGGCUAGGGACUGUGGCAUGAUUCCCCCUCAGGACCAGGUCAUCAUCGCCGACGCGCUGUCCCCUAAAGAUGGCCAGGCAGCCAAGAUCACUUGGCGCUACGCAGACAACCCCAGCAAACACGUGGGCAAAGCCCCACGCCUGGAGGAAGUAGAGAUCAAUCUAGAGGAUGUGCGUCACACUCACAAGCCUCAGGACCAGUAUCACUUUGCUAUGAGUGGCAAGUCCUUCGCUGUCAUCACCGAGCACUUUCAGGACCUGCUGCAGAAGUUGGUGCUGCAUGGCACCGUGUUUGCCAGAAUGGCCCCCGACCAGAAGACCGAGCUCAUUGAGGCACUGCAGAGUGUGGAUUAUUUUGUGGGCAUGUGUGGAGACGGCGCAAACGAUUGUGGUGCUUUGAAGAGGGCUCACGGUGGGAUCUCUCUCUCUGAGCUGGAGGCCUCUGUAGCAUCUCCCUUCACUUCCAGGACUCCCAACAUCUCAUGUGUGCCUAGCCUCAUCAGAGAAGGGCGAGCGGCUCUCAUCACCUCCUUCUGUGUGUUCAAGUUCAUGGCCCUCUACAGCAUCAUCCAGUACAUCAGUGUCACCCUGCUCUACUCUAUCCUCAGUAACCUGGGAGACUUCCAGUUCCUCUUCAUCGACAUCGCAAUCAUCCUCCUCGUAGUCUUCACCAUGUCUCUGAACCCAGCGUGGAAGGAGCUGGUGUCGAGGCGUCCCCCCUCAGGUCUGAUCUCAGGCCCUCUGCUGUUUUCCGUGCUGACUCAGAUCCUCAUCUGUCUGGGCUUCCAGACCAUUGCCUUCCUCUGGGUCCGACACCAGGCCUGGUACCACAUCUGGACGCCACAGUCCGAUGCCUGCAACUCGUCCCUCCGUGCCAACUUGGGGCCAGAACACAACUCCUCAGAGGAGAGGGACGACCACAACAUCAAGAACUACGAGAACACCUCCCUGUUCUACGUCUCCUCCUUCCAGUACCUCAUCGUGGCCAUCGUCUUCUCCAAGGGGAAGCCCUUCAGACAGCCCAGCUACAAAAACUGGCCUUUUGUGGUGUCAUGUAUUGGCCUGUACAUAUUUCUGUUCUUCAUCAUGUUUUACCCUGUGUCUGCUAUCGAUGAAUUCCUAGAGAUUGUGUGUGUUCCGUUUGAAUGGAGAAUCACUCUGUUCUUCAUCAUCAUAGUCAAUGCAGCCGUGUCUGUAUUGGUGGAGACCCUCGUCCUUGACGUCGUCUUAUGGAAGCUUGUCUUCAGCCGAGACAAGCAGGGCGGCUAUGGCACCACCCAUGCCGCUCCAACAACACAGGGGGGCAUCGACCUCUGGGGAGCCAAGUGUCUGUCGUGGCUGUGCUGCCGCCGGAGGAAGGUACCCAAGGCGCGCUACAUGCACCUGGCCCAGGAGCUGAGCGUGGACCCCGACUGGCCCCCCAAACCCACCACCACCACCGAGGCCAAGCCCCCACUGCCCGGCAACCCCCCUGAAAACGCCUCCUCCUACCAGAUAAUGGCCGACUCCUAGCACCCCCCCGCCCCACACUUGGCUAAAGCAAACGCACACACUCACGACCAAAAGGACAAAAAGAAACAGUGGUCUAUGGAAAGAACAAGGUGAAAGAUGGGGUGAUGGUAGAAAGGGAUUUUGGGGUGAAGAAAUGGUAGUGUGGAUCUCUUCAUGCUCUUUGCUGCUCAGAUCCAGCACACUUUUCAGAACCUGGCUGGUUACGUAACCCUCACCAACCAAACCCCUCAACCUGCCACCACCCCCUGGUAUACAAUGGUUGGUCUACUACACAAAUACACCCCCAGUAUGGUCUACUCUAUAUCCACCCCGCCUUCAGCUGGUCUACCUGCAGUCCAUGUUGUACACAGGCUGGGUCCUGUGGCAGAGUCAGACCCCUGUGUCAUUAUUAUGAGUUUAAUCAUUGCCUCACUGCUUUUUAACCCUUGCAGAACUAUGCAGCAAACUGACAAACUCCAAUCUUAGUCUUAAAACGGUAAUGAUUUCUACAAUUGUAAUUGGUGUUGCCGUGAUUCCUCCAGGAGCUCCAGACCUUCUCGCAUUUUUGCUUUUGUUUGUAAGCAGCCACCAGCCAUCUCCACUAACAUGGAUAUCAUACAGGGGACUUGAAGCAUGGAUGUGCAUGAACCCAGCUCCGUAUAGCCAUUGUUAUAUGGUGGUUGGAAUACUACUGCUUACCCAACAGUACUGUAGUAUUAAUAUUGCUGAACAGGGACCAGAACCUUUUUGUAUUAUGAAACAAGGCAUAACAAGAGGCAGCAUGCAAACGGCUUGGAAUCACGGGUAGCAGCAACCCCCGCCACCCCCCCCCACCCCCCCCAUGGAUGUAGAAACCAUCCAAAGGCAAAUAGACUUGCAAAAUCAUGUCAAACUGGCCUCACAUGGGCUAGCGUUGCGCCGCAUGGAGAAGGUCUGUCUUUAAAAAAGAAAGAAAAAUGAUCCUGUCUGUAUUGGAAAAAUAAUUGAGGUAUGAUAAUGGUGAAAGGCGAGGCAUUGUGAAAUUCAUUACCUAGCCGUAUGCGUGUGCUCUCUCUCUCCAUACAGCCAUGCAACUGGCAAGAUACUGUACUACCAAUGUAUACUGCGCUAAAGCCAUAGCAGCAUGAAUGUAUUGUAUUAGCAUUGCUCACUGCACAGUCAAAAGAGAAAUCAAAGGGCUUAAAACUCAUUGUCCAUCAGAGCAGGCUGCUGUGUAGAGAUAUAGGAUGACGUGCUCAUUGUAAUGGAUGAAUUAAUUUAAUUCCAACCCUUACAAGUCCGUCCUCCUAUAUCUCCGCCCACCAGCCACCACUGUUAUCCAAAUUCUCAAAGAUACAAUACACACUCUGUCACUAUAUAUUUUCUCAAGUUUAUUUCAUAACAAAAAAUGUACAUUGUGCAUUGCUGUCCAGCCUCAUGAUGUGUUGACAGUGUUGUACAUGUCAUAUUUUCUGCCAGUCAGUCAUAAGCCAGUCUUUCUCCUCAUAGUAGCAGGUCGUCAGAGAUCCUAGUUUGUGUUCAUCUGAUGUAAAUAUUUUAUUUGAUGACAUUCAAAAUGUGUGUCAGAAUUGCCGGAAACACAAUACUGAGAGGUAUCGCUAGAAUGCCAGUUCAAAUCUUUAAAUAUGAUGUAUUUACUUGGUGUUAAAGGUCCAAUGCAGCUGUUUUUAUCUCAAUAUCAAAUCAUUUCUGGGUAACAAUUAAGUUCCUUACUAACCAGGUUUACAUCCAACCUUUUUAUGCGAGUAAAGUACAUAAAAAAUGUCAUGACAGGCCUGAGGGAAACCAUUUUUCUUUCUCGGUAAACUUUCCAAAUGUCGAUAAAACAAAAUCCACUAGACAAGGUGGGAUCUUUUUGUCUGUAAAAUGAAUUAUACGGGGGGAAAAGUAAUGCUUUUAUGAUAUAGUAACCAUCAUAUCGAAGUGAACUUGGAGUCACGCGAUGAAGUGUGGUCCUCCCACUAAUACUCAUCAGGAAAGCAUGCAGUUUAUUAGGUUACAGAUCUAAAUAAUUGAUGAUGAACUUCAAAGGGUGGUGAAAGUGCAAGUAGAUGCGCUUAAUUCUUUCCAGUAAAUAUCGAGGGUCUUAUUUUGGUGACAUAAUAAUUCAUCCUUGGCUGCAUCCUUGGCUGCAGCAAAAACUUAGAAUUAGCUAUUAUUGGCAGAGGUUUUGACCUCUUUCUUAUUGGUGUAUUAACUAAUUUACCACCUGGUGGAGUCACCAGGCCGGCCAAAACGCCACCCCAACAGCUCUUACACUAAGUGGUUAUCAUUUUCACAAGUUCACAGUAUUAUUCCAACCUCAGUGAAAAUAUAAACACAGAAAAAUCACGUUUUUGACUUCACUGGGCCAUUAAGUCAAAGUGUUAACUCAUUUUUUUUAUUUUUCAGAUUCACAACAGAUUUCCUAGUUAUACAUGAUCAAACCUUCCAGAUCUCUACUAGACAUACACUACCGUUCAAAGGUGUGGAGUCACUUAGAAAUGUCCUUGUUUUUGAAAGAAAAGCACGUUUUUUU